AUGCAGUUGUGGAAUACCGUCCUCCAGCUCAGUUUGCUGGCUUUUACUGCCGCCCCGACCGCAGCCGCAUCCGCGUGGGGGUUUACUGAUGCCACCGUGUCAGUUCAAACCAAGGGCGCUGGAGUCGGUUCUGGAUUGAAGGAAAAUAUCCCCGACAACAAGGCCCUCACCAAGCCCGUCGCCCUCGGAAGCGCCGACACCUUGAAGCUGACUCUCACAGCCCGCGAAGGCGGCUCCGGAAAACGCGCGCACCAGGUUUUCCUCCUCCUCCAAGACCCAGAGACCGGACUAGACAUCUCGUAUCCCUUCAAUGUGAAGGAGAAUGGCAAAUCGAGGGUUGAGUUGACUCAAAAAGACCUCCCUAUUCAAUUCCUCUCCUUGAAUGAACCGCUGGAUGCAAAGCUCUUGAUCGGAUCUUUCGGCAGCGCCGAGGCCUACAAUGGCGCUGCAUUCAAGUUAGCCGUUACCCGGAACCCCGAUCAGCCAGUCCCAACUGUUGAGGUCUCGAGAUACGGAAAGCUUCCUGAGAUCCACCACAUCUUCAAGGAGGAUGCCCAAAGCCCGCCGAUCGUCAUCACUCUCGCGUUUGUGGCGAUGGUGCUUGGCACUCUUCCCGUUCUUGCUGGAGUGUGGCUAUUCCUCGGCGCCAACGUUUACCAUCUCCCCAAAGCUUUGAAGGCAGCCCCCGUUUCUCACGGUGUCUUCCUCAGCUCUCUUCUCUCGAUCGAAGGGAUCUUCUUCCUGUACUACCAGUCCUGGACCCUCUUCCAGAUCCUUCCUGCGGUCGCCGUGGCUGGCACGGUCGCAUUCAUCAGUGGCAGUCGCGCUUUGGGUGAGGUGCAGGGCAGACGCCUUGACGGUCUUCGGUAG